AUGUAAUCAAUAUUAAUAACAGGAGGUUUAGGAUACAUAGGAUCAAUAACAAUAACAGAAUUGUACAAAGCAAUUGGAAAAUAGUACAAAGUAUUAUAUAAUUUAUGAUUAGAUAAUAAUAUUGGAUAAUUUAAGUAAUAGUAAUAUUUAAGUUUUGGAUACAAUUAGUAGUAUAAUAGGUGAGAAAUUAGAUUUGCACAUAGUAGAUAUUUAGAAUUAUAAUGAAUUGGUAGAAGUGUUUAAGAAAUAUAAAGAAUAAUAUCCAAUUAAUUAUAUAAUACAUUUUGCUGCAUUAAAGGCUGUCGGUGAAUCUGUUGAAAAUCCAAUAAAAUAUUAUUAAAAUAAUGUUGUAGGUACAUUGAACCUAUUAAAAUGUGCUGAAGAAUAUAAAUGUUAAAACUUUUUAUUCAGUUCUUCAGCCACUGUUUAUGCUCCUGGUGAAUUUGUAGAUGAGGAAGCUUCAUUUAAACCAUCAAAUCCAUAUGGAGAAACUAAAGUAGCAAUUGAAUAUUUGAUCAGAUCAUUAUCAAAAAAAGGAGGAAGAUAUCUAUGUUUAAGAUAUUUUAAUCCAGUUGGAGCAACUAAAGAUGGUAAACUUGGUGAAAUGCCUAAUAAACCUAAUAAUUUAUUUCCUUAUAUAGAAUAAGUUGCCAUUGGAAAUCUUUAAUAAUUAUAUGUUUUUGGUAAUGAUUAUAAUACUCCUGAUGGUACAGGAAUUAGAGAUUAUAUUCAUGUUUUAGAUUUAGCAGAAGCUCAUGUUGUAGCAUUAUAAGAAUUAAUUAAGAAAGAUUAAAUGAAUGAAAAUUACUAUGAUUAUUUUAAUAUAGGAACAGGUAAAGGUUUCAGUGUUUUAGAUAUUGUUAAUGAAUAUUCUAAAUUAGUACCUAUAAAAUAUUAAUUUACAAACAAAAGAGGUGGAGAUGUUGCAAUAUUAGUUGCCAAUCCAAAUAAAACAAAAGAUAAAUUAGGAUGGAUUGCUAAAAGAGGAUUAUAAGAAAUGUGUUAAGAUUCAUAUAAUUUCAUUAAAUCAAAAUAAUAAUGAUAUAUUUAAAANGUU